AUGCAACUUACAUAUGAAUGGAAAGAUGGUAAAUGGAGACAUUUACGAAGCCGGAGUUACAAUAUUCGAAUAAUCAGUGCUGUAAUUAUUGCAGUACUUGUGAUCAUUACUGCAACAGUCAUUAUUCGAACAGCUUUCGGUAUGAGAAAGGCUGUUAAAGACUUGAGGGACAGGAACACGUUCAGUAAUGCGGGGUUACUGGCAUUUACAGCGCUAGACUGUUUGUUAUGCGCAGAAGCUAGUCUAUAUUCUCUUUGUGCGGUGAUUACUUCUAUACAAAUAAAGAAGACAAUUUGUCAUCAAAUACAUAACUCGCAGUCUCGGCGUUCCUCACUUGCUCGACAAAAUACGAUGCAAGCGGUGGUUGUGUUGUUGAUGUUCAUCGAACUGGGCGCAGCCACCGAUGUUGUAGUUAUGAACUCCAACAAUGUGAACGAAUUACUUGAAAAACAUCAGCUGGUUUUCGCAUCGUACGGUGCCGAUUGGUGUCCAUAUUCACAAGCACUUCGUCCAAUUUUUGAUGCGGCAGCCACCUCUUUCAAAAUUGAUAAUCCGAUGGCUGAUGUGGUUUGGGUUUACGUGGACUGUGUAGUAGAGGCAGAUAUUUGCAAUAGAUUUUUUAUAACUAAAUAUCCGACUAUGAAGAUAUUUAUUUAUGGCGAUAUGAUGAAGUCUGAGUACAGAGGACGUCGAGAUGUGGAUAGUUUGGUUUCCUUCAUAGCGCAACAUUAUGUUGGAUCGGUGCGAGAUUUCCUGGACGAAGAAGAUUUGAAGAGCCGCAUGGAUAAAUCCCGGCGAAAUAUUGUUGCCUUUAUAAAAAGAGAAGGCGAGGAAUAUAAGAACAUCUAUAAUCUCGCCCUGCUCCUUCGUGACUACUGCGAUAUUUGGGUGCCAGCGUUAGGAACCCAACUAAUUACCGCGAAACUUCGACUUUAUUACAUGCCACCGGAUAACGAUACACCAAAUGAUUUUGUUGGAGACAUGAAAAACUACACUUACCUCAAGCAAUGGGUGACGGACAAAUGUAUACCAUUAGUAAGAGAGGUCACAUUCGAAAAUGUAGAAGGUCUGACUGAAGAAGGCCUACCAUUCUUGAUUUACUUCCGCGAUCCAGCAAAAAAAGAAGAUGAAAAGCUCUUCGUUGAUGCAGUGGCGCGUGAACUUUAUGAUCAGCGUGUUUCCAUCAAUCCUCUAUUAGCCGAUGGGCUAAAAUUUCUACAUCCUCUUAGUCAUCUUGGAAAAACGAUAAAGGACCUUCCAGUUUUAGCAAUCGAUUCGUUUGUGCAUAUGUAUCUCUUUCCGAAUAUUUCCCAGUUAUCAACGCAUGGAGUACUGAAACAGUUCGUCGAAGAUUUGCAUUCCGGCAAUCUUCACAAACGAUUCCACGCAGAAACAGAACAGAAGAAAGCGGAACUUGAAAAAUUCAAACAAGAACACAACAUUCAAGCUGAUCUCGAAGAUCGUCGAGAAGAAAAGAUGCCGAUUGAGCCGAUCAAAACUGCUCCUCUGGAAUCGGUAUUCAAGGAGUUGAAACCCAGCGGGAAACGGUAUUCACUUUUACAGAAGACUGAACUCUAG